AUGAUCGAAGGGAACUUGAAUGAAGCACAAUACAUACAGAUAUUGGAAGACGACAUGUUACCGUCUGUGACUGCAGUGUUUGGAGAAGAGCCGUUUUGGUUCGUCCAUGACUGCUUUCCAGUCCAUACUGCAAGACUAACAUCCCAAUGGAUGGAGGAGCAUCCACAGGUGCAGGACAUGGGAUGGCCGGGGAGAGGGGCAGAUCUAAACCCUAUAGACAACAUUUGGGUGGAGCUCUGUCGCGAGCCUAUUCAGGCGGCGACUCCCAGCGACCUUUGGCAAGUCGUCCAAGGUCGUUGGGAGAAACUGCGUGAAGGCAUACUUUGCUUAAAAUGUUGUGGCAAUUAUGCCUGCACGCAUGAAUAA